UGCGCGGCGCUCCGAGGCUAUGGCUGCGCGGCCCGUCAUUCUCGGUAUCGACCUGGGCACUACGUCUGUGAAGGCGGCCUUGGUGGAGGCCGUGCCCGGCGACCCAUCGGGGUUUGUGGUCCUGGCGAGCUGUGCCCGGGCUGCGCGGGCCGAGGCGGCGGCCCAGAGCGCGGCGGCAGGGCCCCAGGGGCAGGAGCAGGAUGUGAGCAGAAUCAUCCAAGCCCUAAAUGAGUGCCUUGCUGCCCUUCCUCGGCAGCUGCUCCAGGACGUCUGUGGCAUUGGAGUGUCAGGACAAAUGCAUGGAGUCAUGUUUUGGAGAACAGGCCAAGGCUGUGAAUGGACAGAGGGAGGGCCCUCUCCUGUGUUUGAGCCCGGAGCCGUGAGCCACCUGGUCACAUGGCAGGAUGGCCGGUGUAGCAGUGGGUUCCUGGCUUCUUUGCCCCAGCCAGAGUCCCAUCUCAGUGUGGCCUCAGGGUUUGGCUGUGCAACCAUCUUCUGGCUUUUGAAGAAUAGCCCAGAGUUCCUGAGGUCCUACGAUGCUGCUGGCACCAUCCAUGACUAUGUGGUUGCCAUGCUGUGUGGCUUGCCAAGAUCCCUGAUGUGCGACCAGAAUGCUGCUAGCUGGGGAUAUUUCAACACUCAGAGCCAAAGCUGGAACUGGGAAAUAUUGAGGGCCUCAGGCUUUCCCACGCACCUGCUCCCAGACAUCGCCGAGGCCGGCAGUGUGGCGGGCAGAACUUCCCAUGCCUGGUUUGAAAUCCCACGGGGGACACAGGUGGGCGUGGCCUUGGGUGAUUUACAGGCCUCCGUCUAUUCCUGUAUGGCCAAAAGGACAGAUGCAGUUCUCAACAUCAGCACUUCAGUUCAGUUGGCAACCUCCAUGCCUUCAGGAUUCCAGCCGGCGCAGACUCCAGACCCUGCGGCUCCAGUCACCUACUUCCCGUACUUCGACAGGACCUACCUGGCGGUGGCAGCGUCACUCAAUGGGGGCAACGUGCUGGCCACGUUUGUCCACAUGCUGGUCCAGUGGAUGGCGGAUCUAGGUCUAGAGGUCGAAGAAUCCACUGUGUAUUCAUGUAUGAUCCAGGCAGCUGCACAGCAAAGAGACACCUGCCUAACUAUCACUCCAACGGUGUUGGGCGAGAGGCACCUGCCGGACCAGCUGGCCUCAGUGACCAGAAUCUCCUCCUCUGAUCUCUCCCUGGGGCACGUGACCCGGGCCCUGUGCCGAGGCAUUGUUCAAAACUUGCACUCCAUGCUUCCAUUUCAACAGCUCAAGGAGUGGGGUGUGGAGCGGGUGAUCGGCAGUGGGAGUGCACUGUCCAGGAAUGAGGUGCUGAAGCAGGAGGUGCAGAGGGCUUUUCCCUUCCCAGUGUCCUUUGGGCAGGAUGUGGACGCAGCUGUGGGGGCAGCUGUGGUCAUGCUCCAGAGAAAUCUUAACCAGAGGGAGUCUUAGUCAGUGCAUCCUUUGGCCAAAAGACUGUUGCAGAUUUUAUCUAACUAACAUUCCUGACAUGACUUUGGGGUCAUCCUUUUCCUGGACAGUUUUGUGGGCAGCCUUUAAGCAAAGCUUGUUUUCAGGGCACCAUCUUGACCAAGAACCUACCUUCAUCCUCUAAUAAUGCAGCCAGGACUCAUCAACUAGAUCCCAAAUCAGUGCUUUCCAAGAGACUCACUUGGGAAUUGGUUGCAAAUGUAAAUGUAGAAAAAAGAGAGAGGGACAAAGAAAGAAAAGGAACAGUAGCCCAGCAUCAUGGUCAGCAGGCUCUUCUGUGAUUCACCUGUAGACAAAGAGAAAAUAAAUGUGACUUCAGGCACCAAAAAGUCUCCAAGUAAGAAAAGAAGGCCCCCCAUCCCCCACCCCCCUGCCGCUCCAGCUUUUGGGAUGAUUGUAUUUCGGGACAUGAAGCCCAGACUUGGCUCACAUGCACUGUUGCAAAAGUCCUUCCCUACUGGGUUGUAUCAUGUGUCCCUGCUGUCCCCCCCAUUCUUGUUCUCCCUUAGUCAUAGCUGGUUAGAUGAGGCAGGGUAUGGGCCAAGAUAGUAAAGCAGACUGGCUGAGAUGAAGAUGCAGGGGUCUCUGCUGGCCUUCUCACCAUGUGCUUCCCCUUCCAAGGAGAGCCUGCUGCACUGGAGCUGCUCCAGAUCCUUAACACAACUGGCUCGAAGGCACAUAGCAGGGAAGGAAAGGGGGCGUAGCAUGACCAGCGAGGGAGAUGGAUGCUGCAUGGCCCCACCAUUCAGGCAUAUUGUUCCCAAGAGUCUGACCAGGCACCAGUAGGACCCCUUUUCAGGGUGUGGGCAGCAGUGUGUUUUUGGCCCUGUACAUUCUUGGGAAUCUUUCCAACAGAGGGAUGUGGCUGGGCGUGCUCCUGUCAGAGAGGGUGGACAAUUUACCCAGAGAGAACCCCUUAUCCUGCGGCCCUAGCCUUUCUUUCUCUUGGUGUAGGCCUUGCUGGGCCACUAUGUGUCCUGGCUCGCAGAAACAUUCCCCUGGAGUCAGCAUCCCUGCAGGGAUCCCAGAGCAUCUUAAACCUUCCAGUAGUUGGUAGGCAUGAACAUGGAUGGCAUGGCUUCCAGGAGAAAGCCAUCAUUGCUGCAUCUAAUUCCAGACUCCCAAGAGUGAUCCCAAGGCUCAGGCAGGCCUGACUCUGAGGCACCUGGGCAACUAUGAGUCUGGGAAGCAGUCUUGUUGUCUCUUUGUAAAUGUCACUUUAUGAAUUAUGUGAUUGUCCGAAGCUCUUAGAUUAAUCUGCCUGGCCAUGCUGAUUGGAUUUUAGAUACUAAAGCUCAUUCUUCCAGAGACUUGUACCUUUAAUAAGACACACCUGUCUUCUUUGGGAUUGUUGUAAAUUAUGGCAUAGCUGCAGAGCUUGGUUUGGGAGGUUGGACAUAGCCCUGAGGAUCAUUGUCAGCUUGGGUUCCAUGUUAGGACAGUGUGGUGGAGAACCCUCACCAACGAAUGAGCAACGUGCAGUGUGACUAAGAAAUAAACCUUUGAUGUUU